AUGUUUUUCUCCAAGCGCCAGAUCUCCGCCUACAACAAAGUGCCAAACACUGAUGUGCACGACGAUGAAGAACAAUUACCGAACAUAAAAACCCGAUGGAACGAGAAAAGCCUACUUCAGCCCCGGACUGUGAUAAUACUGACUGUUAUUAUCACCAUAGUCCUUACGAUCUCCGUGUCAGCGAUUGCCUCUAUUCUUGGACUCAAGUCUGUUGACGAGCCCCUAGAGGAGGAAUCGAUUUCAUGCGGUCACACGCCGACAGAAGCUAGAGCUGCCGGUUGCGUGUUUGAGCCAAUGAUGAGUGCUUGGAUUCCAGCCCAAUGUUCGUUUCCAGAGCUUAUCGACGACACUGCCGGCACCUUUGAAAACUGGCUGUUCUUCUCAGAUCAAACAUUAAAGAGACCAAUUACGGGAGUAGAGCUAGAAGGGGUACGAGUUGGUAACUACACCAAGGUCUUCUCCUCGCACGGAACUGGUCACGACCUACAUUGUCUCUACGCCUGGCGAAAAUUGAAUCUCGCUGUUGAGAGCGGAGCUAAGCUAAUUGACACAAAGAGUCGGUCGCUGCACCACACUACUCACUGCGCGAAGCACAUUGCUCAGCUGUUGGAAGAGGGGGCCGGCUUUCUGCCGAAGGAUGAAGAUAUGCGCCGCAUUACUGCGUUUCCUCUGUUGUUCCUUAAAUGUAUCCCUCUCAUUUGA